AUGGUAGUUAGUAAAAAAGAAGAGGCUGUCAUGGAGCCUCUAGAGAUUGAACUUUUAGCAUUACUGAGAGGUCUACAAUUCAGCAUUCCCCUUGGAUUCCAGUCUUUGUGCAUAGAAAUCGACUCUUUGCUGCUGGUCAAAGAAAUAUCAAGCCCUCUACCUUCAAAUGCCAGUUAUGGUAAUGUCAUAACUGAUAUCCAAGAGUUCAAGUGUAGAUUUCUAAGCUGUUCCAUUGAUCAUAUCAAUAGAGAAGCAAAUCAGGCUACUCACAAGCUAGCUAUAUUUUUCAGAAAUGUCUCAAACACUACUAUAUGGUGGGAGUCUGUUCCCAACUAUGUUCAACCAGUCCUUUGGACUGAUUUUCAUCUAUAA